AGGACAGCAAGAAUCACUUGACAAUUGGUUUGUUUGCAUAAUGGCAUCUAUAAACAAAACCAGUGAAAUAGUUAAAAAACUUAAAGUAAACAAGCAAUGUCUCCUGGAAGAAAUAAACAAAAGACGUGAAUCCAACUGCUUAGUGGAAGGAAGCAAUCAAGUCAGCCUAUUGAGAGUUCAAAAGAGGCACUUCAGGAGUACCUACCAGUCCUUCACUCAUACCGCGAUCAAAGAACCUGUUCCUGACAGUGGCAGGAACUCCUGGGUCAAACUGAGUCUCUUUGUUCACGUGGAGAAAAGACACUUUCCACCAAAAAAUAAUGCCAUAUUUGGAUAAAGUACAUCUCCAGGGACACACAGAAAUACAUUCUCUCUGAACUUCUU